UGGCGGAAUUGACGAAGGUCCUGGAGCAGAAGGGCCGGGAGCUGGAGGACGUCAUCACCGAAUACAAGGUGAAGCUGGAGGCCGCGACUGAUGCGCGGGACUCUGCACGUGGGGCUGCCGCGUCUCUGCGGGAGGAGGUGGCGGCCUUGAAGCAGCAGCACGCCAAAGAACUUGCUGCGGAGAAGGAGGCGUCCGAGGGCAUCGUCCUGGCGGUGCAGGCCGAGAAGACCAACUUCGAGGCUUUCGUCAGGGAGAUGUCGCGGCAGAUUCUUGGUACGUGCGACUUCGUGGAGACGGCGACUCCACGGGAAUGCCUGUCGACCGCGACCGCGCGUAUCAUCGCCUGCGCGGGGGAGAUACUUGCCGCGCUCCAGUACCUGAGCCCGCGGGAGGUGAUUCCGCGGGACACGCCAUCCGUCUUCAAGGCCGUGUCCAACAUUCCGGCUGUUGUUGACUGGCUUCGUCGCUCUUCCUGCCGCGUUGGCAUUACCAUGGCUCUGAGCAUGGUGCUGGCGCAUUACUCUGAAGGGUUCGACGUGGAGGAGGUCACCGCUGGCUUCCCCUCGGAGACUGGGGAGUUCGAUGUUGCCGAAGUGCUGCGGCUGAUGGAUGCGGUGCGCCCCUUCGCCGACCGAGUACUGGCGACCGCGGACUUGGAGACUCAUAUCCCCAGCCAAGCGGCUCCUGGUGACGCGGAGAAGGAGCCGGGCCCGGUGGACUACCCCGCGGAGCGCCUCUUCCAUGCUGCUGCCGCCGGCUCGCUGUCUACAUAUCCGGUCGUGGUGUACACGCCGAAAUUUCGUCACGGCGAUGACGGCGUCGAGCCUGUCGUAGAGGGGGCUCCGGGGUCGUCCUCGUAGU